AUGAAGUCACCUACAAAGUACGAAAAGAAUAUAAAGAACAUAAUUGGUAAAUUUGAUAAGAUUAGUUCACCAAAGAAGAAACCAUUAAGUUUUAUUCAAGAGAUUCUACCUAAAGAUCAAGAGUCACAUAUAUCUUCGAAAGAUAUUAAGCAUGAUCAAUCAAUACAGCAAGAGCAAGUACAAUUAUCCCAAGAUCCAAUAUUGCAAAGCUCACCAAAUGUGAAAGUCUUAUCACAAGAACAAUAUGUUCAACAGAUUGAAUCUUAUAUCAAGUCAGGAUAUCUUGAAUCUAUAAUUGAUUCAGAGGAAAACAAGAAUGAUCUUGAACCAAAAUUGAUCGAUUUCGAUUCAGCUCCAAAAGAUGAAGAUUCAAAUAGCAAACACGAGUCAAUUAAGUAUGAUAUCAAACCAGAAAUGAAGGAUAAUGAAAAUAAACUAGAAACAAUUAACUUUCCUAAAGAUCAAGAUCAAACAAUUGAUGAUCCAGAAGCAACCAAAUCCGUUAUAUUCUCACAAAUAGCUGAAUCUAACCCAAUUGUGCAAUCUACCAAUCUAGAAACAAUAACGAUAAAUGAUUAUGAAUUUGAUGAAGAAGAUCAUUCACCAGAUUAUGUUUAUCGACCACUUGCAGAACCACAAGAAGAAUAUGACGAAGCUUUUGGAAAAUUCACAUUUAAAGAACGCUAUAAAAACAUUCAAACUGAUGAUAUCGAGCUACUAGAAGAUGAUGAAGAAGAGGAAAGCUCUUCAUAUAAUGAUUCACCAACUUCACAUCAAUCAUUAUUUGGCUCAACAUUACAACAAGAUCAAGAUGAAGAAGAUUCAUUAAUAAAAGAUGCAAUGCAUCAUGAAAGACCUUUUUUCAAAUCAAUAAUUUAUAUUGAUGUCUUUACAGGAUAUAUUGGAUUAGGAUUAUUUGUUUUAAUGAUAAUUUUAAGAUUUCUUUAUAUGUGGCAACAAAGAGAAGAAGUUUCAUUUUUACGUUCUGAAGUUAAAGAAUUAUCUGGAGUGGUUAAAGCACUUGAAAUGAAAUUUUCAAAACUUGAUGUUACAGCUUCAAGUAUUAACAUUCCAAUAAAUUUUGCUCAAUGA